AGCGACGCGUUUCCAGCCGGAUGAGUUAAGCCGCGGUACGAGGACAGACGCAAGAAGCACAACAGAAACAGAAAACCAACCAGAGGAAAGCUGCUCUUCUUCUCACAGGUGGUUUAGAUACAUGUGUGCGAAAUGCAUUUGUACAGAGACACGUCAGAUUGUAUAGGUCAGUGUUGGAACAUCUCAAACAUGGUCUGAGGAUUUAAGCUCGCAAAUCUCCGGAUGCUAAAAUACGAAUCUUUAAAACCAUGAAGGAGUUUUUGAAGAAGACCCACAGCCUCUUUCUGAAGAUCGCCCUGUUUCCUAGCACUUUAGGCAGGACAGGUCCGCGGCCAGCUGCUUCGGAGGUGUUAACCUGCCACCUGCAGCAGCGCAGACUUCCUCCGUGGACCUCAUACUGUGUCCGCUACAGCUCCGUCCACAAUGACCAGUUUGGACUGUCAAACUUUAAUUGGAGAGUUCAGGGAUCCAACUACCACAUUCUGAGAACGGGAUGCUUCCCCUUUAUUAAAUAUCACUGCACUAAAGCGCCUCCUCAGAAUCUGGAUUUUGAAGACAGGUUUUUCACCACGUUAAAAGUUAUUAAUCUGGGUAUCCCUUGUUUGGCCUAUGGCAUUGGCUGCUGGAUGGUGGUGGGAGCAUCAGAAACAGUACAGACGAGUGUCGGACCUGUCACUGUCUAUUUUGCCUACAAAGAGGAGGAAGGUGCACAGUACUGAAGUGAAGAGGAAACAAAGUAACUUGAAUGUGUUUUCAGGAGGAUAUUAUCUACCAAGCUGCUGUAUUUUUGAAACUAUUAAAGAGGAGCCUUUGUCUUUUUUCUUGACUUUUGUUCCUAUAUGCUAUUUUAAUGAUGGAUGCUCCUGUUAUACAGAGUUUCAUUAGUGAGGUCAUCUUACAUUCAAGCAAUCCCUGUGAAUGAAUGCUUGGAAGUCGGACUGCCCUGAACACUCAUUUGCAUUUUUGCUACUGUUGGCUUAGUUUGAUCUCAGGCACAUACCUGUGAGUGUGAGCAAAGAAGCCUUACCCACUAAUCAGAUCUGAGCAGCGAAUCAGAAGGGGAAGAGAGAAAACUGCUUAUUUCAGACAGUAAAUAAACUGUCCCAAGGCAGAGCAUAAGAAAAAUAUGGAUUUUUUUUAAAUCAAUUUUUUAAAAUCCUGUCCUGUCAGGGAGCUUUGCAAUCAGAUUGUGAUAUGGAUUAUUUUUAAGCAUGAGUCAACUGCUGCUGCUUAAGUAGAGUCCAAGAAUAAAAACAUGGAGCUGGAAGUGAGCAUAAUAGGUCCCCUUUACCGUCAUGUCAGUAGUGCUCUAGCUGAGUGGCACAUCAUAUUAACUGGACGAGCAACCAACUUUGACAUGGGGUCAUUCUGCUCAAGUUUGCUUUUUUUUUUUUUCAAGGAAAAAAAGCUAUGCACAAUUAUAACCAGACAAACAUGGUACACUCACAGAGAAAUGUAGCUGCAGUUAUAAAUGUGCAAAAAUAUCUGUCAAAGAUUGCAGAAGCAAAACAGGAGAUCAGUUACAGAAGUGGAUCAGCAAUCUCACCACGGUCUAGAACAGUUGAAUGUGGCAACACAAGAUCUUCAACAUUUUCCCAUUUGUUUUGUGAUUCCCAAGUAGACUCAUGCUUUAAAACUAUCUGCUUUGGGUACUUCCCAAAGUCUGACCUACAUAGGCUCACCUGCUCAGUGUUGUCCUCAGUCAUGCUGGUUACCACAAAUGCUGCAGAAAGACUAAACUACCAUGAACGAAUGAUUAUACUGAGUUUGCACUGCUAUAACUUAUCAAUGAGGGACAGGUGUUUACCAAAUUGUAUCACCUAGUUCAACUUAUGGUUGAAGAGUAAGUGUAUCACUAGAAUUCAACUUAAGGGACACAGUGAGUUUCCUGGGUAGGCCUGGACCCCUGAGAUGCUCUUCUUGGACUGCAUAGAUUCAGUUGUGUUUAAAUACUAUUAAAUAUUUAAAGUUAAAGUUCAGUUCUUGUGCUAUAUUAUUCUUUAGCAGAAAGCUUAAGAAUACCUCAAGAAUAGACUGAAGUAUGGAAUGAUGGAGGUUUUUCAUCUUGGUUUGAUUGUGAAAGGAGAGGAGACAUUUUUGAAUUAAAUUAUUGAGAAUGGCAGAAAGGAGAUGAUAUAAUGUUUGGUUUUUAUGGCACUUGUACUUACACGCGUUGGCAAUGAUAAGCUUCUCAGUGUCGCCUGUUGAAAAAACAGCUUAGGUUUGGCAGAUGUUUCCUUCAAGACUUGAUGUAAGUGAUAUGAAGUGACAUAAUUUAUUUGAUGUCUUUUGCUUAAUUUUGUGUGACAGGUACAGGAAUCUAAA